UGAAUUCAAACCAAGAAGGCUUCCAUUUUAACACAAAUGGUGUUCCAAUCAUGUCCUUUUCCAAUCAAGAAACUCCAAUCUCCUACGACGAUCUAAUCUUAAGAUCAAUUGGGCCUAACAAGCCGGUGUUCGACCCCAUGGUUCCCUAUUUCUUUGCACCGGGCCUUGAAUGCAACCACAACACUCCUUCCUCUCCCGAUGUCGGUUUUCUUGCUCAGAAUAAUGGUGGGAAGAAGAGAAAGAGAGUGGAUGAGAAGUGUAAAGAAGUUGUUCAUGUUAGAGCAAAGAGAGGUCAAGCAACUGACAGCCAUAGUUUGGCUGAAAGGUCAAGAAGAGAGAAAAUAAAUGAGAAAUUCAGAUGCUUGCAAGAUCUGGUCCCAGGGUGCUACAAGAUGAUGGGAAUGGCUGUGAUGUUGGAUGAGAUAAUUAACUAUAUAAAUUCGUUGCACAAUCAGAUUGAUUUUCUCUCCAUGAAGCUUUCUGAAGCAAGUUUGUUGUAUGACUUCAACUCACCAUCUCAAGCACAACAAAAUUAA